AAACUAAAAGCCACUGAGCUGCAAUUUCUGGUAAGAAAUUUUGGUUUUAAAAGUUGCUCAGGAUUCCAUUACUCCCCCAUCAUUUUCAAAGCACUCUACCCUAUACUGACUCAGCCAAGUCAGCGGAGACCUAACACACUGUGUGAAAUGUCAAUUGUUUGUGAGCCUCCUGCACCUCUUUCAUGUCCAUCCUUCAAGCCUGUGUGAAAAAUAAAGUUGAAAUAAACAAAUAAUAAAAAAGAGACAGAAGUUUCUGUUUAUUUAAUGCCCCCUCACUCAGCAACAACAACUUAUAGCUGCCUCAGCUUCUCUCACCCUCUACCUGUCUCCCUACCGAUCUUCUUCCGUCCUGGAAUCAUGAAUUCUCCAUCUUGGAAUGCCAUUGCCGCUCUUACAACUCUGUUUCAGCUGUGCCUUUUCUUGGAGAUUUCAGCCUCUCUAUCUCCUUCUGAUAAAAUUAUUGCUUUACCCGGUCAACCCCAAGUCGGUUUCCAGCAGUUCUCAGGCUAUGUUACUGUGGACGAAAAGAAAGAAAGAGCUCUAUUCUACUACUUUGUUGAAGCAGAAAUAGAUCCGUCUUCGAAGCCUCUGGUUCUUUGGCUAAACGGAGGGCCUGGUUGUUCUUCUCUUGGAGUUGGGGCAUUCUCCGAAAAUGGACCUUUUAGACCAAGUGGAGAGGUUUUGGUCAGAAAUGAGUAUAGUUGGAAUUCAGAAGCAAAUAUGCUAUACCUAGAGACACCCGUAGGAGUUGGGUUCUCUUAUUCAACCGAUACCUCCUCCUAUGUCGCUGUCGACGAUAAGAUAACAGCCAGGGAUAAUCUCGUGUUCUUGCAACGGUGGUUUCUCAAGUUUCCACAGUAUAAGCACAGGGAUCUGUUCAUAACUGGGGAAAGCUACGCAGGCCAUUAUAUUCCACAACUCGCAGAUCUCAUGAUUCAAUUCAACAAGAAGGAAAAGUUGUUCAACCUGAAAGGAAUUGCUCUGGGAAAUCCAGUUCUGGAAUUUGCUACCGAUUUCAAUUCGAGAGCUGAGUUCUUCUGGUCUCAUGGGUUGAUAUCAGAUUCCACAUACAGACUUUUCACCUCUGCUUGUAACUAUUCUCGGUAUGUGAGCGAAUAUUACAGGGGGUCUGUUUCUUCUGUUUGCUCAAAGGUGAUGAACCAGGUGAGUAAAGAAACCAGUAGAUUUGUGGACAAGUAUGAUGUUACGCUUGACGUCUGCAUUUCGUCCGUGCUCUCGCAAUCCAAGGUUCUUAGUCCCCAGCAAGUUACAGAGAGGAUUGAUGUCUGUGUUGAGGAUGAAACGGUGAAUUACUUAAACAGGAGGGAUGUGCAGAAAGCUCUCCAUGCCCGUCUUGUAGGAGUCCGCAGAUGGGCUGUUUGCAGCAAUAUCCUGAACUAUGAGCUGCUUAACCUGGAGAUACCAACAAUCUCUAUUGUAGGCUCACUUGUUAAGGCUGGAAUUCCAGUGUUGGUUUACAGUGGAGAUCAAGAUUCUGUUAUCCCACUGACUGGAAGCCGGACUUUGGUACAUGGACUGGCAAAGGACCUUGGACUGAAUACAACAGUACCUUACAGAGUUUGGUUCGCAGGGCAGCAGGUUGGUGGAUGGACACAAGUAUAUGGGAAUGUCCUCUCAUUUGCCACCAUUAGAGGUGCUUCGCAUGAAGCUCCUUUCUCUCAGCCAGAGAGAUCACUUGUGCUAUUCAAGUCCUUUCUUGAAGGCAGGCCUCUACCUGAAGUAUUCUGAUCUAAUGAUCAUCAGUUAAUAAAAAUAGGGUUGAAGUUGUAAGUAUCGUUUUCCGUAGCACUUAAUAAGGAUUAAUAAAUGCAGUGAAAGAAAGAAAUUGUAUCAGUUGGUCCCUUGGGUGUCAUUCUCAGUGUUCUGCAACUUUUAGUAAAGAGGAAUUUUGUAAAGAUGCAAAGAGAAUUUUCAAUUUGGAGGUCAUUGUUCAAACUUUCUAGUUUUUAAGUUAACCAGAUCGAUAAUCUUUUUACUUUUUGGGGGGUUUUCUGUUAACUCUUUUAGGUUUCAAUGAGCCCUACCUAGAGAGAAAGUUAACCAGGUCUUUGUACAAACAGAUAUCUCUGUUCAAGCUUUUUUACAUAAGAAAUUGCUCUGCAUCCAGUAAAAUAUGUUAGUAGAAUUCUGGUUUUCUGGUUAAUGAAAUAUCUAAGAGAGGUAAUCAAUGCA